AUGUCUCAGACUGUGAUUCUGAAGGUGGCUAUGCCAUGUGAGGGAUGUGUAGGAGCUGUGAAAAGAGUCCUUGGCAAAAUGGAAGGUGUGGAGUCAUUUGAUGUGGAUCUCAAGGAACAGAAGGUAACGGUGAAAGGCAACGUGCAGCCAGAAGCUGUUCUGCAGACUGUCUCAAAGACAGGAAAGAAGACCAGUUUCUGGGGAGACAAGGCUGAAACCGCUGAAGCUGCCAAGGCCUAA